UGCCGAUUGGUUUAGUGUCAUUACGCAAGCGUUUCGUCUCUCCAAAUAUUACCGUCGUUAGAAAGAUAUUCAUCGACGAUAGUGACAGAGAUGAUUAGAAUUCGAGAAGCGAAGAACCUUCGAAAAUUGCGCGCCAGAUGUUGUAGGCGGGAAGACACGGCGCAGCAGCGGAAGUUCCCCACUUUUUAGGCGUCAGCCAAUCAUCGUGAGUUAUUUCCAGCUCCCAGGAACAUCGCCCAGACAGCCAUUUCCUCGUUCACUUACUCACAGGAUCGCGUCGAGUUAGCCUGUUCGGAAUCUGCUGCAAUCCGCGUCAUGGAUCGCAUAUAACUGUAAAGUUUACAUGGGAAUAGCGACGUUAUACUGCAACUUUGAGUGAGAGACGAGUCGUUUCGAAACGCGGGGAUUCGAUCGGCCGACAUUUUACGAUGGAAAAGAGCGACGCUGGGCAGAUCAGCCACGUGGCGAAGCGCUUAACGGCCGAUGAGGAGAGCCGAAUGCUCGAACAGGAUUCGCGUUUGGUACCAGAACGGAAAGCUGCGCAAUUCGAAAAGGACGCUAAGAAGCACUGGGAUUUAUUCUACAAGCGAAACGAGACCCGGUUCUUCAAGGAUCGUCACUGGACCACGAGGGAGUUCGAGGAACUUCUGGGCCUCGGCGUCGACGACGGCGUUUUGCUCGAAGUUGGCUGCGGCGUCGGGAAUUUAUUCUACCCGCUGCUCGAAGAUGGACUUAAAAUGAGGAAAAUUUACGCCUGCGAUCUUUCUCCCAGAGCCGUUGACCUCGUGAAGAGUCACAAAUUGUUCGAUCCAGUAAAAAUAGUUCCCUUUCAAGCGGACGUUACCCAAGCUGAGUGCUUUUCUGCAAUCGAUCUUCCGGUGAAUGUGGCCACCCUGAUUUUCGUCUUAUCCGCUAUCCAUCCAGAGAAAUUUAAAAUGGUUGCUGAACAUGUAUAUGCUGUUAUGAAUACCGGUGGAACUGUCUUAUUUCGAGAUUACGGACUUUAUGAUAUGGCACAGCUGAGGUUCAAACCAGGACACAAAAUAUCCGAGAAUUUCUAUGUUCGACAAGAUGGAACCAGGAGCUACUAUUUCUCCAUCGAAGAAGUAAGGGACAUCUUCCUCUCUGCUGGUUUCCAAGAACUCAGCUGCUGCUACGUACAGAGGCGGACGAUAAAUGUCAAGGAAAAUAUCAAUGUACCCAGAAUAUUUGUUCAAGCUAAAUUCAAGAGACCGUGAAGGAUGAACAAACUAACACGGUACGCUAGUGCCAUGAAUCUUUCAAACUGAUGGACUUGAACCCGUCCUCGAUGCUAAGCAUUGACAAUGAGAUUGAUUAGGACUUACUUGCUUGCGGUGCAGUACAAAACACUUGUCUCCACCCAGAGGUGCUCGGCAAAGGAAAUGAAAGAGAUCAAUUUGUCAUAUCUUACCUUCAAGCGAUACUCCAAAGACCUCAACAUCGAUGAGAUUGUUAGUGUUUCCCGUUACGCGAGAGUGAAGAAACAUCGUCUCAUCCCGAGAUAUCAUUGCCGCUACGGAUUUUCAUCUCCAACAUUACAAGAUCACGGUUUUUCGUACCCAAACUGCAAAGGAUGUGCAGUAAUUUGACAUUACUAGUCCUGGACCUAGCCAAGUCUGAUGCGGAUGGUUGAACCUCGACUAAAGAAUCUAUCAAGUGUUUUUACUUUACACAACUGUUGUAUGCCGAUAAUAAAUACGUACAAAUUUU